AUGUCCACUAACACCCACCAGUGGGCUCUUCUCCUCCAGAUCGUCGCCAGAAUGGACAGGCCGAUUCCCUGGGCUGAGAUCGAUGUCCCAGAAGGCCGCACCCAGAAGGGCUGUGUCGUCAUGCUCGACAAGGAAAAGAAGAAGAUCCGCGAAGCUAUGGCUGCCGAGGGCAAGGAGCUCGCACCAUUCAAGGCCAAGUCGACUCCAAAGAAGCGUACCAAGGCCGCCGAUGGCGAAGAGGGCGAUGAGAAGGGUACUGGCAGCCCCAAGAAGAAGAAGCCAACUCCACGCAAGAAGAAGGCCACGAAGGACGAUGAGAAGGUGGACGAGGCUGAAAAGACUGCGGUCAAGGAGGAGGCAGCUGCUGAGGAUGGUGAUGAAGAGUUGGUCUAA